UCUCUUUGUAAUGUGCAAGGGAAGGCUGAAGCAAGUAAGCUGUAGUGAUCGGUGCUGAGAAGUGACUAUAACUCCGGUGUGUCCUGUUGCAUGAAGAUUUGACUACAUUUGGAAGUAGUUCUGCUCCUGUGCAUCAAGACUAUAGACUGGGACAGAACUGACAUCAAAGGGUAUAUCAAACUCAUUAUCCUGCUGUUGUUAACUCCAGCAUCCUAGCCUGAGCCACACUGCAAUACUAAAUCAACUGGAAGGUCUUGGCUGUGAUUCCUCAUUGCAGUCAUGGCACCAAAGAAGAAGAACGUUAAGAAGAAUAAGGCAGACAUCAAUGAGAUGACCAUCAUUGUAGAGGACUGCCCUCUAAGCAAACUUAAUGGCUUGAGUGGUCUAAUUGAUGGUGGGAAUGGCUUCAGUUACAUCUCAACAGAAGUUACCGAUUCCAACUAUGGUACUUCCCUUAUGGAAGGGAUGAGCAGAAUGAGACAGGACAGUUUCCUUUGUGAUCUAACUAUUGGUACCAAAACAAAAUCUUUUAUGGUUCACAAAGUUGUUAUGGCCUCCUGCAGUGAAUACUUCAAUGGCAUCCUCAAGAAGGAUCCCUCAACUCAGAGAGUUGAUCUGAAUGAUAUCUCUCCAUUAGGCUUAGCCACUGUAAUAACAUAUGCAUACACUGGAAAGAUCACCCUUUCUUUAUAUACUAUUGGCAGCACCAUAUCUUCAGCAAUUUAUCUGCAGAUAAAUGCCCUUGUAAACAUGUGCUGUGAUUUUCUAAUGCAAGAAAUGAAUGUUGAAAACUGCAUGUAUGUUGCUAAUAUUGCAGAAACCUAUGGACUUAAAAGUACAAAAGAAGCAGCACAGAAAUUUAUCAGAGACAACUUCAUUGAGUUUUCUGAAACAGACCAGUUUCUGAAAUUAACCUUUGAUCAAAUCAAUGAACUGCUUAUAGAUGACUAUUUACAGCUUCCUUCUGAAAUUGUGGCUUUCCAGAUUGCAAUGAAAUGGCUAGACUUUGAUGAAAAGAGAAUAAAAUAUGCCUCUGGCCUCCUCAGCAAUAUCCGCUUUGGCACCAUCUCAGCCCAAGACCUUGUCAACUAUGUUCAGUCAGUGCCUCGUAUGAUGCAAGAUACAGAUUGCCACAGGCUUUUAGUAGAAGCCAUGAAUUAUCAUCUCCUUCCAUUUCAUCAGAACACAUUGCAGUCUAGAAGAACAAAAAUACGUGGUGGUUCCAGGGUCCUGGUUACUGUGGGGGGUCGCCCAGCUCUAGCAGAAAAGUCCCUAAGUAGGGAAAUCCUAUACAGAGAUCCUGAGGGUGGAUGGAAAAGACUGUCAGAGCUUCCAGCUAAGAGUUUUAAUCAGUGUGUCAUUGUAAUGGAUGGAUUUCUUUAUAUUGCUGGUGGUGAAGACCAGAAUGAUGCCAGAAACCAAGCCAAACAUGCCGUCAGCAAUUUUUGCAGAUAUGACCCUCGUUUCAACACUUGGAUUCAUCUGGCAAACAUGAAUCAGAAACGCACUCAUUUCAGUCUCAAUGUGUUUAACGGGCUUAUCUUUGCAAUUGGAGGCCGUAAUUCUGAAGGGGGUCUGGCAUCAUUUGAGUGCUAUGUGCCUUCAACUAAUCAGUGGCAAAUGAAAGCACCACUAGAAGUAGCUAGGUGCUGUCAUUCCAGCUCCGUAAUAGAUGGUAAAAUCCUGGUCGUAGGUGGAUAUAUAAAUAAUGCAUACUCCCGAUCUGUGUGUAUGUAUGACCCAUCUAUGGAUAGCUGGCAAGAUAAAGCAAGCCUCAGUACCCCUAGAGGAUGGCAUUGCUCUGUUUCACUUGGUGACAGGGUGUAUGUCAUGGGUGGCAGUCAACUUGGUGGUCGUGGUGAGAGAGUUGAUGUCCUACCUGUAGAGUGUUACAAUCCCCACACAGGUCAGUGGAGCUACGUUGCUCCUCUUCAAAAUGGAGUUAGUACAGCCGGUGCUUCAACUCUCAAUGGAAAAAUCUAUCUAGUUGGUGGCUGGAAUGAAGUGGAAAAGAAAUAUAAGAAAUGCAUCCAGAGCUACAAUCCUGAUCUAAAUGAAUGGACAGAGGAAGAUGAGUUACCUGAAGCAACAGUUGGAGUGUCAUGCUGCUCCAUUAACAUGCCCAAUUUUAAAACACGAGAAUCUAGGGCAAGUUCAGUGUCUUCUGUACCAAUCAGUAUAUAAAUACCACCUGACACUAUGUUAGUGCCACUGUUUGGUUUUUUUUUUACACAGAUCAACUUCAACCCCUUGUGCCCAUUAUUUUGAAGUUUUUAAUUAUAUUACUUAAAAAAUGUCUUAGGAAAGGAAUUAUAUUAAAGAAAUGCACUGUAAAUUAUACAAUUAUUUGACAGAGAACUUUUUAGUAAUAUCCCAUAAGAAGCAAAAGUGGCCACUGAAGUUUAAAACAUAACUUAGAAAGUGCAGGUCUUUUAUAUUUAAAUAUAGUAUACUGUGCACAAAGCGGUGUAUGAUGUCUUUUAUUUGCAGUGGAGAAAGACCUGUGAGUAUGGUAGGACUUUUGGAAGGUAAAUUAGUAACUAGUCCAAUUGAAGCAUAAUAUUUGUAUAUUUAUCUGAAAUCAAGAAGCUACAAAUAGGAUACCUUAUUGUCUAUGUCUCAUGAUUUGUAAUGCUUUAAAAACCUGUAUCCUGCGUAUUGCUUCCAAUAGUAAAUCCUGCCCCAAAACUGUGAA